AUGUGUCGGAGCACGUCUUCUCGGACAGCGACGGCGCGCCGCUCGCGGUCGCGGACCUGCCCAAGGACGCUGCCGUGGGCGAGCGGCUCCCACGGGGGUGAGGCCGGCGUCGGCUGCGCGGCGGAUGGGGCGCCUGUGUCGAUGGCGCAGGGCGAGCCCGACUGCCAGGUGGCCGCGGAGAUGCUGAAAGACGAGGCCGAGGAGGUCCUGGAGGUCGGGCAGGUGCCCGAGCCCGUGGCGAAGGCGACGCCAAAGGCAGGACGAGCCGCUGGGCGCCCUGCUCCGCCUGGCUGUGGAGGCCGCGCUGGGUCCGAUUCCGCGGUCCCCCGCCCUUGUGGCCGAGGGCGCCGAGGGGGGGCAGGGGGGGCGCGGAGGAUGCCGAGCCCGCGUCUCUGGGCGCGCAUCUUUGCCGGGCGCGCCGCGCUCCGACCCCGACUCCCGCGCCCGCGAGGGCGAGUGGUCCAGCAGGUGGCCGCGGCCGUGCGCCUGCUGACCGACAGGUGGCGCGCCUGGAGGCGCAGUUCGAUGCGCCGCACGACGUGGUGUGCACCGCCCCCGAUGGCGAGGGCUACGACGCCGCUUUCGUGUGCGGAGCCGUGA